UAGUCUAGCCUGUCAACACUGCAACCUGAGACGGGAUAGCCAGUCAUUUGGCUAGCUAACUAAACCAGCUAAGUUAGCCACUCUGCUAGCCUCUGUCUUAACACACUGUCACGACUCGUUAUUAUUGUGCUAAGGUGGCUGGAUAUACCUUCUUUGAAAUUGUUUUGACGAAAGGAAAGGAAACCCCGACUUUACCAAUUGGCUUCUUCAACUCGUUCCUCCUGUGUGAUAUGACAUCCUGGCUUGGUUACAACAAAAGCUCAACCUCCACAGCUGACGGUUGACAUCUGGUCAGAUGGCUGCUCAGGUGGAGGUUCAAACUGGGGAGGUAGGGAGGGCGGUGGCAGGAGCACGACUUCACCUGAAUCCCCUCACUGACGCCAGCAAUAAGAGCCUCAUCGAGAUCCCAUCUAUCAAUCAGGCCCAUAUAAUUUCACCAGAGCCUAACAAACCUGCCCCAAGCCCUAAGCCACGACUCACUCCCAAACCUUUUACUGUUGAGAAAAAUCCAACCAUCAAACCCAUACUUGCCCCUAAGCCCCAAACCAAACCCCGACCAGAGUCUACUCGCCUUGCUGGAUACAAACCAGAUCCUCCAAGCGCUCCAAAACCAACUGCAAGGCCUGUUUCAACCAACCCUAACCGUCCUGCCUCUACCUCCUUUAAAACAUCUAAUAAACUAAGCACUGGACAGACAGCCAAACCAAUAGUCCAGCCAUUUAAACCAGCCCCUCCUCUUCCUGGGGACCUCAGUAAACCCACUCUUCCCGUGUUUGCUGAGAGGCAGAAACCUGCUGCAUCAAGCUUGGCCUAUUCCAAAAGCUUUAAAGGACUUUCAGCAGCAGAGUGGUCUGGAACCACUACAAAGGAUGACGAGAGGGGCCAGAAGGUACAGAAUAAAGGUGGAGCCUCCAUAACAAGAGCUAAGUCCAUGGGUUUUCUUGUUCAGGUAGGGCAGGAAGAAGAAGUAAAAGACAAAACUCAGCCUGAAGUAUCCGUGCCACUGCGACCCCAGCCCAGAAGCUCCAGGCCCAGACCUGUAUCAGCCAUUUUCCCCAUCAGUCCAACUAAGGCAGAAGCGCCAGUUCCUGCCCCUCGCUGGGCUGGGAGACGACCUCUUUCAGCUGAUCUCACAUCCAAGUUUGAAUCAAUUGGUUUGUCACUACACCAUAAAAGUCCUAAGGAAAACACUAAGGAGAACACUCCAGAGGAGAAGGUGCUGCCACAGAGGAAAGAGCAAGAAAAACCCCCUACGAGUUCCACACCACAAAGAACUGAAGGUGCAGCUGAUUUAGCCAUCACUGACCAAAGCGACAAAAAGACAGAAGAAACAGCUUUAAAAGAAACUGAGGAGGAGAAGCAUGGAACUAGUAUCAAGUCCCGAAUCAGUCUUCUUCUCGAUUCAUCUUCUCCUGGCGCAGGUCUCACUGGCCCAGUGUUAGAUCUUCAUUCUCCAGUUCAGCCAGUCCCUGAGACAGAACCACAAGUUGGGGUUAAACAGCUUAUCAAGCAGCUCACUGAGGAUGUAACACCAACUCAGAGUCCAGUCAUAAAACCAGUACUAAAGCCCCGCCCCUUGCCUCUUGACCUAACCAAAAGGUUUUCAUCUGAGAGGUCACCAGACCUUGUUUCGCUAACUGAGGCAGCAGACCGCCAUGACAUCAGCAAAGAUCCUCAGACAGGGGUUGAAGAGUCAGUUGUCAGUCCCAAUGACCAGAAGAUAUUUCUGGAUUUCAAAGAUUCCUUUGACCUGCUAAAAAAGCCCUCCACACCUAACACGUCUGAGGCCUCUGUUAAGGAAAGUGGCUCUGGUGGUGAAGCACAAACAGUACGAGCAUCUUUGUUUGAAAAUGUUGUGGAGAGGCACAGUGUGUUUAUGUUGGAUGAAGGCAGAUCCACAAACACAACCAAGUAUCCACUUAGCAGCCUGUUAUUUGAUACGGGUGCUGUAGAAGAUGAGGGAUCACCAAUCACUGCAAUUUACACGGAAACUCUAUCUCCGUCAAGUCCUCUCCGAGUGUUACACGCCUUCGAUACAGUGCAUGCAGUGGAAGGGACCAAGACAGUGAGCGAGAGUGUCCCAUUAGCUCAGUGGGAGGAUAAAGCCAUGACACUUCGCUCCAGGCGCUCAGAGGGCACCAGAUCCAUGGCAGAGAAGACUGAUGAAGUGCCAGCACAACUAGUUACGUUGACGCCAGAACCGCAGCUACGAUAUUUGAGAAUAGGGGCUAUACAAAAAUGGGCCACUACAGGUCUUGACCAGGAUGCAGGUUUAGAGAAAGGGAUGUUCAAGGAACCACAAAGUGAAGUACAAGUGACUAUAGAUAAAGAUAGAAGCAUUCAGAGAAUUGCAGAACAGGAUGAAGCGGCCAAAUCCCCUAAACGUUUGAAAAUGCUGCAGGCAGAAGAGCAGCCGAAACCAAGAGCCACUUAUUUUGCUUUGACUGGGCAAUUGCAGGAGCCCGUUUCUCCUGGAGAUGUUGCACCAAAUUUUGGGAACAUGACUGUGCCCUCUGACAAUUUUUCUGUAAGGUCUGCUCUGGGUAGCUCACAAGGGAAAAUUCUCACAGUGAAGAGGAAUCCAUCAUUGGAUGAAGCUUUUGGAAAAAACUCUUUAUCUCAGGAGCAGUUUGAAAAGUUUGUGAUAAAGAGCCACAUGUCAUCCAUGGAGAUCAGGUCACAGAUGACUGAACAGACCAAAGAGGAAACGAUAGAAACUGAAAAGAAGAAGGAGCAAAACAAGGAGACAGAAAGACAAAGGACUAAAAUAAAAGAGCUUGAAAGGGAAACACUGAUGGAGAUAGAGAAACAAGCACAUUUGGAAUUUACACAAAUGAAGGAAAGGGAGAUGCAAAGAGAAGCUGAAAGAAAAAGACAGAAAUUAUUUGAAAAGGAGAAACAAGAAUUUGAAGAAAAACAACGUGCGCUCGAAAGCCAUAAACAGAUUGAGCUUGAAAAACUGCAAGAAUUUGAAAAGAAACAAAGAGAAAAGCGGUAUAUGCUGGAAAGACAGAAACUUCAAGAAUUGGAAAUUGAGAAAAAAAGGAGAGAAAUUGAACGAGAGCAACAGCUGCAAUUUGAGAAAGAUAAACAAGAACUGGAGAGAGUGAGAGAAAAAGAAAAACUAGAAAGGGAGAGAGAAAAGGAGAGGCAAAGACAAAGGGAUGAAGAGAGGCAGAGGCAGCUUGACAAGGAAAGACUACAACUAGAAAUCCAAAAGGAGAAACAAAAAAUGGAGGAGAUGGAGAGAAUUAAAGAACUGGAGAGACAAAGGCUAUUAGAAUAUCAAAAACAAAAACAGAAAGAAAGGGAGAAGCAACAACUCAUUGAGCUGGAGAGGCAAAGACUUAGAGAGAAGACAGAGAGAGAAGAGGCAGAGAAAUUAAGGCAGAUGGCACUGGAACAGGAAAUGUUGAGAAUAAAAGAGCUUGAAAAAGAGAGGGCAAAACAAAGAGAGCUGGAGCGUCAGAUUGAGAAGGAGAAGCAGAUGGAGCUGGAGAAACAGAGGCAACGAGAGUUAGAAAAGGAGAAACAGAGGCAACUAGACAUUCAGAGACAGGAGCUGGAAAACCAGAGGGCAAGACAACAGGAACUUGAGAAGGAAAAGCAGAGGAAGGAAGAGUUGGAGAGGUUGAAAGAGAUGGAGAAAAGACAGCUGUUGGAGUUUGAGAGGCAAAGACAGGCAGAGAGAGAGCUUGAGAAACGUAGACUGAAGGAGAAGAUGGAAAGAGAGGAAGUGGAGAAAAGGGAAGAAGCAGAGAAAAUGAGGCUUGUUGCCAAACAACAAGAAGCAGAAAGACAGCGACUCAAAGAGAAGCAGAGAAAAGAGGAACAGGAGAGGCUGAGGUUGGAGUCAUUGGCUCUGAAGCCCAAAGUUUUGGAUUUAGACUCAGUGCUCAGAAAUGACUUGUCACCUAAGAGCAUUUCACAACGCAGUGACCCUGCAACUCGCUGGAAGGAGCCUUACAAACCUGCCAUUCUAGACAUUGACUCCUUUACAUCUCAAGCUCAACUCUCCCCUAGUAUAGAUUUCUUUCCUGCAUCUAGUUUUCCGGGACUAGAUACUGACUGUGGGAUCCGGUUACAAGCUACACCUGAAAGAGAACUUAACUGGAAGGUACCACCACAAAGUUCAGGAGGUUUCUCAAGCCCAGUUUGGACAACAUCUCCUCAGGAUCCAUGGGAGCUCCGGCCUGUUGAGAUGUCAGUAGACAAACCUAUGGCUGAACCCAGAAAACCUGCCAACAAACUCAGCUCAGACCAGCUGUCCGUCAAGCAGCAAGAGUGGCCCCCAAAUCCACAGAGGCACUGGCCUGCUUUCCUGGAUGAGCCCUCCUUCUUGGCUUCUAUUCCUGUGGCAGAGGGCAGAACUGGGACCUCCCCUCAUGGACUCUCUAGCAGCACUCCUGGAGAGCAGAUCUGGAUCCCCAGAGAACCCCAACCUCCAAAAGAGAGCAGGAUAGAAAUCCAGAGUCAAAGGAGAUCCCAGGGAUCCCAGGAGUUAAACAGGAUGCGGUCUCGAAGUGUCUCAAGGCGAUCGGCCCCUUCAAGUAGUGCUGUGGAGGGAAAUCUCUCUAGGAUGAGGAGUCGCAGUGCCCACAGAGAGCAGGGCCGCCACAGCUGGGUGCAGCAGAAGCAAAGUGGUGACGAGGAUGAGAAAGAUUCAGAAACAGCAGUUCACGAGACUGACAGCCAGUAUGGUACCUGGGAGACAGGCCUGCGCACUGAUGACAGCCUGACACCGGCAACUCCCAGUUCAGAAAGCAAUCUCACCCCCUCACCAAGGAAGCCCACUUCACCACACACUCUGAGUGAUCACACCUCACAGUUAGAAAAUGACUCUCCGGAUGGCCUCCUUCCUUCAUCAUCUUCAGAGAGCCAGUCGCUUCAUUUCCCAGAUGCGCCAACCACUUUGUUAGACACCAGUGCCCUUCGCUCUAGAGCCCAGCUAUUGAAGAAACGUGCUCCACGGAUGCGACCCUCCAAGGCAGCCCGUCAGAAAGCUGAGGUGGAAGAAGGAAACGCAGAUGACUGGCUUUUCCGAGACUCAACAGAGGCAAAACCUGAGAAAGAUGACGACUCUGAGUCUGAGGAGCGUGCCCGAGGAGCUGAUGCUGGCCCUGCUGUUGCCUCACAGUCACAGAGGGUUGCCCUGUUCCCAGGUGUAGACCCCUCAGCUUUAAAGGCCCAGUUGAAGAAGAGGGGUGACCCUGACAAUCAAACUGACCUGACUGCACCUAUUCCCUCUCCUUCCCAACUGUCUCGCUCACCUAAGUCCCCAUUCCUCCCUCGAGCAGCGCGGGUGCUGCCCCCACCUGGUGGGAAAGACAACAGCGAGGAGGGCUCACCCCAGUGGUUGAAAGAGCUGAAAUCCAAGAAGCGUUUGAGUCAAUAUGAAAAUGAUAACUAAAUAAAUAAGGUUGCCUUAAUAGAUUAAUCUGUAUGAACUGAAGCCUUAAUGUUUGACCCAGAGUAGGAGAGGGUGGAUCUACAGCUGCUGAUUUUUUUAUUUUUAUUUUUUUAUACUUUUAUUUUUUUUUAUUUUUUUUGUGAUGGGUGGGAUGUUUUUUUUUUUGUUUGUUUGUUUUUUUUGUUUGUUUGUUUUUCGCCCUUCUUCCCUUCUGGGUCGAUAAAUGUGCAUGGUGCCUUUUUAUGGCGAGUCUGCCUAAUGGAAAAAGAAAAAGGAGCUAAACAACAGGCUGCUCUGCUUCAUCCUUUUCAUGCUCGAACUUGAGGAAGCUCUGCUGCAGCUGGAGGAACUUCACAUGAACACUUUAAAAGGGACCAGGAGAAAACAAGGAAAAUGGAGAGGAAAAAAGCAAUUGUUGGCUAUUAUUUCCUGUCAGGUCACAUUUCUGGAAAUGUUUUCAUUUGUGGGACCACAACGCCUCUAUAUCCUGGACUUGCUUUUUGUCAUGCUGGAGGACAGUCCAGCCAGACCUUUACAAGAUGUCUGUAUGUAGUUUCCUUGCUCGACUAAUAACUCAAGUUGGCUGUGUUUCCAACAGCUGUGUGUGUGCUGUAUCUGUGAAGUUUGUUUAAAAAGAGAUCACACAAGCAUUGCCAUUGGAUAACAUUUCAUACACUAAUGAAUUUUUGUAUCUAGAGAACAAAUCAUUACUAACUUGAUUGUGGAAGUGUGUGUCAUGUUCAUAAGUGUAUUCAGGAAGUGUUAGAUUUGUAUUUAUGAUUUAAAAGAGAACUAGUUUUGAAGAAAGCAAACAGUAAAAAGCAUCACUACAGUAGAGGCUGCUCAGCCUUUUUCUGUGAUACUCUACAGCCUAACAGUGUCACAGCUGCUGCAUACUGUAAAUAUAUAUAAAUAUAUUUUUUGUCUGAAUAUCUGCUUGUUUUUGUGGAUGAGGGACAGGGGGCUUUUGGACAAGUGACUCUACAUCUAUCAAUCAUACACACUCCAAAUCAGCACAAACACACUGCAACUAAUCAGCCUGUCUUCCCUCCUUUUGAUAGACGGAAUGAUUGUAGGUGCAAGCAUCCAAUAAUACUUUAAGCCAUACUGUCACCUUGUAACCCCCACAUGCUCCUCAGUCAUGUUUUGACAAUGUCUUUCCAAUGAAUGUGCAAUUUUUCUUUGUUUUCCCCGUUAAAUGUGCAUGCACAAUCUUUCCUGUCACAUCAGGCUUUUUGCUCAAAUUCACAUGCUCUGAGUGACAGGAAUUGGCUCACACUACUCCAUGCUGGCAGGAAAAUAAGUCCACCCCACCGUCUUUAUCACUCCAAACAAAUGUGAAUAUUUGCACCUGUUGAAAGCUCAACUUCCUUCUUCACAUUUGCCAUCCACCCACUUUACUCUGCGCUUCUUCCAAGCACUUUGUCAGUUGCUGCACGAUGCCACUGACCUCUGCCACCUCUUGUUGGCCGUGGCGUCUGUGUGGUUGGCCUGUGCAUGCAAAGCAAGUGAAUAUGUUGAUGGAGGCUUCAGUUAUUGUCCCUGGUUUCUUUGUAUGUAGACUUUUUUUUUCUUUGUCAAAAAAUUUGAGUUUUUUUUAUGUCCAUCUUUUUUUCCUUUUUUUUAUUUGAAAGUAACAAAUAUAUUGCACUGUGUUGUAUUGGCCAGUGUCCUAAAGUAAAAAAUUCUUAAUAAACAAAUGUAUUUGACUUGAA